AUGAAGUUUUCCGCAAGUUUGGCACUUUUGACAGGUACCUUGAUAUCUGCGGUAUCAAGUAGAGAUGUUGCUUGUUUUGUUGAUAACAAACAAGUUGAAAUAGUUGAUUAUGAUACUGGAACAUGUAAAUUCCCAAUUCCUAGUAAUUUACCUGUUGCUUUCUCGUUUGUUUCCCGAAAUGAUUAUAAUGUUGAAUAUUAUUACAGUGUUGUUAAUAGUAAAAGACACAAUACCGAUAUUAGAAACAAAGGUAGAAUCAUUGAAGUCCCAGCCCGUGAUUUAUAUGGUCAAAGAAUUCCAUUAUAUCAAGUUCAUUUAGAAAAAACACCUGCUUCUAAUUCUACUGAAGCUUUAAGAAGAAGAUUCAUGAAAGAUGUUCCAUUGGUUAAAAAAGAUGAAAUUGAUGAUUGGCUCAGUGAAAUUGGUGAUGUUGAAGGAGAAGAACUUCCUGAUGCUGAUAUCAGUGUAGGUGAACCAAUUUCCUCUGAAUCAUCUGUUUCUCAAGAAUCAACUUCCGCUAUUACUUCUUCUGAAGAAUCCAAUUCCGCAUCUGCUUCUGUUUCUUCUGAAGUGUCUUCUACAUCCGAGGAAUCUUCUGCUGCUGCUUCUAGCUCUGCUGCUUCAUCUGAAGAAACUUCUGCUGCAUCUAGCUCUCCUGUUUCUUCUGAAGAAACUUCUGCUGCUUCUAGUUCCGAAGCUGCUUCUAGCUCUGCUGUUUCCUCUGCUGCUUCUGAAGAAUCUGCUUCUAGCUCUGCUGAAGAAUCUUCUGUCGCUGCUUCCAGUUCUGUUGGUUCUUCUGCUGCUUCAUCGGAAGCUGUCUCUUCCGUCUCUGGUUCUGAAUCUGUUGCAUCUGCUGAAUCCACUUCUUUCGAAUCUGUUUCAGAAUCUACCAGUGCUGAAGAACCUGUUUCAUCGACUGAAGGUACUGCUUCUGCUUCUGCUUCCUCUGGUGCUGAAGAAUCUUCUGCUGCUACUUCUGGUGCUGAAGAAUCUUCUGUUGCUUCCGGUGCUGAAGAAUCUACUACUGGUGCUCCAGAAGCUACUGUUACCACUGAAUCUGAAGUUAUCAUUACUGUUACUUCUUGUUCUAACGAUAUUUGUGUCGGUACUACCGUCCCAGGUGCUGAAACUACUGUUACUACCACUGUUUCUGGUACUACUACUAUCUACACCACUUACUGCCCAGUUUCUUCUGUCGAAACUGUCGAAUCUACCAAGAUCAUCACUGUUACUUCUUGUUCUGACAACAAAUGUGAAGAAACCACCGUUGAAGCUACUCCACUCACCACUGAAACCGUUACUGAAGGUACCGUUACUGAAUACGUUACUUACUGUCCACUUUCUUCUGGUGCUGAAGAAGAAUCUACCAAGAUCAUCACUGUUACUUCUUGUUCCAACGAUAUCUGUGUUGCUACCACUGUCCCAGGUGUCAAGACCACUGUCUCUACCGCUGCUCCAAACGGUGAAACCACUGUCUACACUACCUACUGCCCAGAAUCUUCUGUUGAAACUGUUGAAUCUACCAAGAUCAUCACUGUUACCUCUUGUUCUGAAGAUAAAUGUGAAGAAACUACCGUUGAAGCUACUCCAUCUACUGCUGAAACUGUUGUUGAAGGUACUACUACUGAAUACGUCACCUACUGUCCAGUUACUUCUGGUGCUGAAGAUAAAACUGAAAGUGGUGAAGUUGUCGUUACUGCUACUGCAUGUGAUAAUGAUGUUUGUCAUGAAACCGUUGUUCCAGGUACUAAAACUACUGUUACUACUACUGCUCCAGGAGGCGAAACCACCGUUUACACUACUUACGGUCCAGCAUCUUCCAUUGAAACUGUUGAAUCAUCAAAAGAUAUCACUGUUUGGGCUUGUGAUGAACAAACUUGUCAUGCCGGUACUGUUGGUGCUACUCCAUCCACUACUGAAACUGUUUAUGAAGGUACUACUUCCACAUACGUCACUUACUGUCCAACAACCAGUGUGUUGACUGGUGGUGAAACCAUUGUUACUGGUGCUAUCACUUCAAGUAGUGAAAUCUAUGUUCCAAAACCUACUGUUAUUACUUCUGGUGGUAAGACCCAAAGUACUGUUUCUUAUGUCAGUGUCUCUAAGGUUACAGUUAACACUGAAACUACUGCUGCCACUACUGCUGGUGAAAAUGAACAAGUUCCAAGCUCAAUUGUUUCUGUCACUGUUUGUAACAAUGAUAUUUGUCAUCCAACAACUGUGAUAGCUACCUUGACUGAGGUUACUACUAGUGUUAAUGGCGCAAAAACUACUUAUUCUACUUUCUACCCAGCUUCUUCAAUUGAAACCGUUGAAUCUUCCAAAGUCAUCACUGUUGUUGCUUGUAGUAGUGAUAACUGUUUCGCCACUACCGCUGUUGCCACUCCAGAAGUUGGUACCACUGUUGUUGAAGGUACUACUAAUGAAUAUGUUACCUACAAACCAACUCAAUCCGCUAAUACAGAAGCUAGCGCUGGUGGUCCAGUUUUUGCUUCCACUGUUAUUACUUCUGAAGGGGUUCCAUAUGUUCCACAAACCACUGUUAUUUCAUCUGGUAAAUCAGUUGAAACUUCUGUUUCAUUGAUUAGUGUUUCCGUUGGUACUGAAUUCCAAAAACCAUCUACAACUAUCGUAACUGAAGAUUACAUUUCAGUUACUUCUUGUAGUGAAGCUAUUUGUGUUGGAACUACUGUUCCUGCUGUUUCUACUGGUGUAACAACCACUGUUAAUGGUGUUGAAACUACUUAUAGCACCAUGCAACCUGUUUCUUCUGUUGAAACAGUUGAAUCAAGCAAAGUAAUUCCUGUCGUUGCUUGUAGUGGUGAUAAAUGUUAUGCCACUUCUGCUAUUGCAACUCCAUCUACCACCAAUACUGUUAUUGAAGGUACAACUUCCGAAUAUGUCACUUAUUGUCCAUCUUCAGCUUCUGGUGGAGAAGUUAUUGCUACUGAAUUGGUUACCUCUGAAGGUGUCACUUAUGUUCCACAAUCUACUGUUGUUACCUCUGGUGAAUCUAGUUAUGUUUCUACAAGCUAUGUUAGUGUUUCAGUUGCUACACCAGGAACUACAUUAGCUUCUCAAUCAUCAUCUAUUGCAACUGGCUCCUCACCAGCAAUUUCAAGUUAUGCUGGUAGCGCAUCUUCUAGAGGUGUCUCCAUUUUGGCAUUGGCUUUGAUUCCAUUGGGAUAUUUCAUCUAA